UUAUGUUUAAAAGAAGUUAUUUAAUGACUGGCUGAAGUCGGAGGUGCAUAUCGAAUGCACGUGAGAAUACCGGCUUUUUGCACGCUUCUGUUUAUAACUCACAGGUUUUAUUGUCGAUUAUAUUACAAACAUUAAUCGAUUGUGAUAAUUCUUAUGAAAAUAACCGAGUUUGGUCAAUUUGAAGUCCAUGCAUUCCAAGGCCAAGCGCGAAGGAUAAUUACAACAAAAUGGCUUCCACUAUCAAUUGCAAUUAUUUACAUGGAUUAUGACAUUGACAAAGUCUUGAUAAAAUUCGGAGUAUCGAUCUGUUAUCAGCUGAUCGAUCGUAUAUCACCACAGAUUUCUAUAAUCACUAUUUAUUAGAAUGUAUAUAGAGAGAGUGUGUAUGUGAAAUGUGUUUAAGACGACUUCCUCGAGUGACUAUGGAAACUUUUUUUUUCGGGUGAUGCAUGUAGGUCAACGAGCGUCUGGCAAAAGACUGACAACUGUCGGUCACGAGCCUCGAUUUGAAAUUCUUGUUAAUUUGCAUAUCUCAAUAAACAAAGACUUUCACGACUACUUUUUAUAACGACAAAAUCAGAUUUCUCUGAACUACUCCUAUCAACAAUAUGGAAUCUAAAGACUCAAGCGAGGAUAAUGGAGGGCCUCAAGAAGCAUCCGUGGAUGUUCCACAUGGCAGCGACAGUAAAACGGAAGAGAAUGAUGCCGGAAUUGUCGAAGAUGGAGAUCCCGAAAAUGUGCCUGAGGAAGAGAAAGAGGAAAAUCCAAGUGAACAAGGAAAGAGAAAAAGAGCAGAUGAUGAAAACAGUCCUCCAGAGAAAAGAAGCAAGUCAGACAUAGAGGAAGAUGGAGAGGACCAAGAGGAAGAAGAAGAAGACAAGGGAAAUGAUGAAGAUAAGGAAGAAGGGGAAGACAAGGAGGAGGAAAAUAAAGAAGAAGAGGAAACAGAGAAGAAGUCUGAGGAGAAUAUAAAGUCAGAAGACAAAGGUGUGGAUGAUGGUGAAUCUAUACAGGAAAAGGAGGUGACAGACUCAAAUGAUGCAGACAAAUCAGAAAAAAUGGAGGAGGAGGAGGAGGAGGAGGAGGAGGAGGAGGAAGAGAGUGCUAGUGUGAAGGAAAGUGAAUCUACAGACAAUUCCGAUGUGAAAAAAUCCAACGAGGAGGAGACGGAGGAGAAAUCAGAAAAAAUGGAUGAGGAAAGUGAGGAGUUGGAAACUAUUGAAAAGGAUAGAGAAAAACGAGAGAAGGAAGAGAGAAGCGGUGAAAAUGACAGUGUGAAAUCUCUAGAAAGUGAAAGUUUGAAAUCAUCAAAAGAUAGUCUGGAAGAUGAAAAGGCCUCAGAAGGACCUGAGGAGUCUUCCUCAGUAAAAUCUGAGGACAGUGAAAAAGAAAAUCGGCGAGCUGAUGCGGACACACCCAUAGAUCUGACAACAAAGUCAGGACUUCCUAAUGGGAAUGGUGGAUCAGAUAUUAUAAUGCUCUCAGAUUCAGAGGAGGAGUUGAUGAAUGGUGUUAUGAAUGGGGAGAUCCUAGAUCUUGACGAGUGUGAAAUACGGAAGAGACGCAAAAUCGUUAAACGCCUGCAAGCAGAACUGAGAAACGAAGAAGCCAAAUUGAUAUUGCUUAGGAAAAUGCGCCAAAGUCAGGUGUCUUCUCCAUCCAUACCAGAGAAACCGAAGCAGCAGCAUGCCCAGCCCCCACCCCUAGUCAGACCAGGACAGCAGCCCAGCCAAGCACGACCGGCCCAUAGUCAGCCACCCCAGCUUGUCCGUAACAGCAAUCAGACUCCAUCCAGAAGUCAUCAGCAAGGACCUCCUCCACUGGUGAACAUGAGGGGGCAGAAUCUGUCCAAUGGCAACAGUCUAUCGCAGCAGAUGCGAUACCAGGGCAUGCAGGGACAGCCUGGUUCCCGGGGAAUGUACGGAUCAAGCUCUCAGGCCAGUCAGAAUAACAACGCUCAGGUGGACACCCAGACCCCAGCACAGAGACAGGCAGCUGCCAAAAUGGCACUGCGGAAGCAGCUUGAGAAAACAUUGUUACAGAUCCCACCUCCAAAACCCCCACCCCCAGAGAUGAACUUUGUACCCAGCCUGUCAAGCACAGACUUUAUAUACUUGCUUGGUCUAGAAGAAGCAGUGAACUACAUUAUUGAUGCUAAUCUUAUAUCUAAAGGACAGAAAAACCCAGAUGAGAAGAUGGUGUGUAAUCCUUUCACAUGUGUGCAGUGUAAUACAGAUUUCACUCCUGUGUGGAAGCGAGAAAAAGCGGGUUCUAAGAAUGUGAUUUGUGAACACUGUGUAACAACCAAUCAGAAGAAGGCGCUGAAACAAGAACACACAAAUCGCCUCAAGAGUGCUUUUGUCAAAGCUCUUCAACAGGAGCAGGAGAUUGAGAGAAUGCAGGCUCAGGAAAAAACCUCUGGACCUUCCCAUGGUUCCUCCUCUCCGGCAAACAAUUCUGCCUCCUCCGCCUCCUCAAACAGUGCGAUGAAUAUACCAUCGAAUUCAGCCUCAUUUAAAGCCACCUCUGAAGCCAUCAGACAGCACCAGAAUUUCUUACAGGCCCAUCAAGCUGUCACGGCUCAUCAAGCAGCCCUCAGAAUGGGACAACCCCUCGGGCUUGCCCCAUUUGGGGCCCCUGGACCUUUCCCCUAUCAGAUACCCUUCGGAGGAGCCAAAGCUAGUGAUCUGAACUCUCUACAAAGAAAAUAUUUGUUAGAUAUGAUUCCCCCCAAUAGAUGGAGCAAGUGAACUGCAAAUAGAGUGUACUGAACUCGAAAGACAAAGAAGAACCAUAUUGGAUUUUUUUUGAUUGACCUGCGGUGUAAUAUGAGUAGAUAAUGAUCUCACAUGUUAGUGAACAUGUCCAUUGGGUUAAUGAUCCCUAAUGUUGUGUGUAUGAUAUUUGUAUCAAGAGACAGAAUUUUUUGAAUAAGAGUUAUACAUUGGAGUCUGAUUGCUGAAAAUUGAUGGUUAUUAAUAGAAUAGUGCUUUUGGGGAAGAGAAUUUUUAUUGAAUUUGACAAACACUACCGGUAUAUACUUUUCAAUGUUAAUUUUGAAAUGUGUGAACGUUUUCUUCAAAGUAGUUCUGUGUGGUAAUUUUGUAAACAUCAUUGCAUCGAAUGUGUACAGAUAGAUUGUUAUGUGAUGAACUGUAUCAGUAUUGUGUUGAGGUGUAUGUAUUAUGAGUUUUUUAAACAGUGUUUCACUGCCACAAAUUUGAGAUAUUUACUCCAUAUUAACUAGAGACAGUCUCCACAUUUAAUAACGUGGAGAAAUCUGUUUGGAAGCCUGCACAAUAGGGUAAAUUUGCUCCACCGAAUAAUGAAGCAGAAACACUUAACAAUGUGGUACAUUUAUAACUGUACAAGGUAGCCAGCUAGUUUGUAAAUUCUAGUGCCAAUAAAUGUACGAAGUUAUCUUUGCAUGUCCAGUGUUUCCUCUGGUAAGGAAACAUAAUGGUGUGUACUGUGAAAGAUUUUUUUGUUUGUUUUUUUACCUUUGUUUUUAGAAAAUUAGGUACAAGUGUGAUUUAAAUCUAUGUAUAAUAAGACAACUGUGUAUGCUAAAGUGUGAAAGGUUAUUUCUUCUUUCUCUGUAUGAGGCUAUGGACUUUGUGUAUAUAAGUGACUAUAUUUAGACAUUGCUGUUGUGUGUACAACAUGUGUUUGGGUGGGAGUGCAAGUGUCUGGCACAUUAGUGCAGUUUAUCUUCAGUAUCUGGUGUACUGGUCAUGGCUAAGAAUGGUGAAAAUGCCCACACCCUGGGGAGAUUAUUUAUUUAUUCCGCAGCAUGAGGUCCUGUGCUCUUGUCAUGCCAGUCAUAUUGAAUGGUAGUUGCGUAGCUAGAACUGGGGCGCGUCAUGGUCAGGAGCUUUGAGAUUAGUUAGACAAAGUGCUGAGAGACGACUGUAAGGUGAAUGUCGAGGUACAAGUCGGUGCCUUGUGGUAACUAAACAGUCCUUGGAGAAAGAAAUCAUUAUUUAUCUGCUUCUGUUUAUGAAAUUAGAGGCUUUCAUUUCAUUUGGUCAGACAUUCAUCAAAUUUCUGUUGUCCAAGAAAUUUUUGUUUACUGUAUAGUUUUGAUAAAAAGGAAUGGGACACUUAUUGGAACAGCCAGUGUAACAUUGUAGAAUCAAAUUAAUGGAUUUUUUUUUUUUUUUUUACUUUUCGUCUGUGGUUAUUUUCAUUGCCAUCAAUCUCAUUUGUGAAUUUCCACUCUGUUUCUCAUGCAUAUGACCAUCAGAAAUAUGUCGUAUGUAACUCUAUGAUGUGACUUUUCUUAUUUUGGAAAACUGUGUUCCAAUAAACAAUAGUGAACAUA